AUGAAGAGAUCAAAAGUAUCAUCUAAUGCACAAGACAAAGGUGUCCUUGUCGAUGCCGUUGAUGGAAUCAACAAACUCCCAAACGAUCUAUUGAUUCAGAUCUUAUCAAACUUGUCCAUCGAAGAAGCCAUGAGAACAAGUGUUCUAUCACAUCGAUGGGGGGAUCUGUGGAAGGAGACGACUACGUCUCAUCUCCACUUGGACUUGCGAAGGUUCGCCGAAGUCGGAACUCCUUUGGCUGAUACUCAUGAUGCCGCUAGAUCGAUGACCAAGGUCAUAAACAAUCACCGUGGCCAUAUAGAAAGAUGCACACUCUAUUUCUACUCAUACCAAUGUGAAAACGGGAUGAUGGAGGCUUGGAUACGAUCACUGAUUCAUGAGAAACGCAUCAAGCAUCUCACACUUGAAAACGAUCUAUGCCCUUUCAAGCGAAACAUCAAACACAUCACACCUGAUUUGCCUCCGAAUUCAUUUUCAAAUCAAAACCUCGAAUCACUCGCUUUAGGUGGAUACAACUUUGAAGCUCCACAUGCUUUCAACAACUGCUGGAAUCUAAAGAGGCUAACACUCUAUGCCAUUUUUGCCGAGAUUGAAGUCAUUAACGUAGUUCUCGCGUCCUGCCCUUCUCUUGACGUGCUUCAAUUAGAAAUCAAUUGCCACACAAGAAGUGGCCCUCUGAAAAUCGACAACCGCCACUUAAAGUUCUUGUAUAUAUCCUCUUACAAUAUUGAUGGGGUUGAAGUGUCUUCACCAACUCUGGAAAUCCUCACCAUCGGAUCUCUCUCGUGUGAGAUGGAGAACUUCCUCGUUGCAAAUCCUAGACUCCAUUUUCACAGGAACUAUUGGAGUACAGGAAAUUUUUUUCCUCACACCAGCUAUUAUAUCUCGUGCCCUGAUCAGGAGAAGAAAAGCAUUGGACGCGAAUACAUGAACAUAAUGAACGGUUCCCGUGAUUUUAUGGAAAAAUUUGCAUCGCUGUCGGUGAGCGUAGACUUGACAAAUACAAAAGAAGUCGAGAUGCUACAAGAAGUCUUAGUUUCAUGGCCUGAAGAAAUGGAAGACCUUGAGAUCUUAUUCAAGAAAAGUAAUGCUUCGAUGAAACAAGGUGAAAAUUCUACUGGGAUAAUAUAUAAGAAGUUUUGGGAAGAGACAAAACUGUUUCCUGAUGCUUGCUUCUGUGUAUAUACUGUCUGGUUGUUUAACUUUAGCGGUUCAAAAGAAGAGUACACGUUAGCCUCGCGUUUGAUAACGCAAGAGACGGUGAUCGAGACUAUGAAAAUCAAACCAUUAUUGUCGUUUUCUCCAAGUACCAAGUUGGAGAUAGAGGAAGCAAUCACCAAGCUUAAGGAACUUGCUAAAGGUCACACAGGGCUUGAUAUCAUAGUGGUCUGA